UGUCUGUCUCGCUCCUCCCGGACUCUAUGGUGGCAGAAGGCGGAAGUGCGGCGGCUCGGAGCUUCUGCUUGGUCCUGAGAAGUGGCGAUGACAACAGCCGUCAUACCAACCAGCCCCCCACCUGCCCAAGGGGAUGGAAACUUUUAUUACAUCCUGACGGACGAAUUCCCCUAUGGCAGCAAGCUCUUUCAAGCUGGGCACAUGUGCUUCAUCAGCGAGAGAAGUUACAUGCACUUUAUCUCCAGUGACACUGCUCCCAAGAGUCACCUGAGGGUGACCAUGCUGCAGGACAAUUCCACGGUCACGGUCAGCGUAGAGGUUCUUCAGCCCCUCAAGGACCGAGAGCCUGGCUUCCUCCUGGCCAUUGGCAACCAGAGGGAGCGCUUGAACUGUUUCCUGGAAAGGCAGGGCCUCGAAGCAGCUAUGGAGGCUAAGCUGGGCCAACAAGUGGUGGUGAAUCCUGACCUGCAGCACUUCCCUGGCAUCAUCCGCUACAUUGGAAGGAUUACUCAAGCUACUUGGUCCCCUCUGUCUCCCACCUUCUUUGGGGUGGAGUUACAGGGUGAUGGCGAAAGCAGAGGACACAGUGAUGGCUCCUUUCAUGGCAUCGAGUAUUUCAAGUGUCGGCAAAACUGUGGGAUCUUUCUGCCGUUUAACAAAAUCCAGUUUGUUCCUGGACUUGACAGCGAUCGAAUGAAACAGGAACCGAAACCAGAUGCAACUAGAGUUGAUCCCGUCAAAGUGGGGGAUGCUGUGGGCUUCUACCUGGAUGAGAUCUUGACAAAAGGAUUAGCAGUGGGAGUGUACAAGGAAGGAAACCAGUGGUUUGUGAGGGUUUGUUCGGAAGAAGAAGGAACAACAGAUAGUUUUCGGGACAUCCCCAUGGACUCUGUUGUGAAGGAAGGCUUGCUCUCUCCAGUGUUUGAGCCGGUCGGGUGCCCAGGAUUCCAGAAAGAGUUGACGCGGGAAAGAAGCCAGAAUGGAGACGAGUGGGAAAGCGGGCAUCCUUCCCUGGAUGUGAACUCCCUGGUACAGAUCCCCUUGGACAAGGGGAACCAAGUCUCUGGAACCAUCCGCUGGGUGGGGAAUCUGCCCAAAACUACCCACAAAAUGGCAGGAGUUGAACUGGAUGAAGACAAAGGGAUCACAGAUGGUGAAUGGCAGGGGGUGCGCUACUUUCAGUGCCCCCCAAAGCGCGGCAUCUUUGUGAAGCUACAGUCAUGCCAGCCCGACAUGCGCUUCCAGUGUUCAAGCAGUCCCAGCCUGGAUUCCAGCAGCUUCAACGAGCUGGAUAGUCCACAGGUUCUGGAUAAUUGUCCUCCUCUCAGGGACCAUGAAGCUGUGCAUAUCUUAAAAGGGCAGAUGAGAGGAAUUCAAGGGCACUGCAAUUCCUGCUACAUGGACGUAGCUCUUUUCAGCCUCUUCUCCUGCACCUCUGUGCUGGAUUCCAUGCUCUUCAAGCCUCCCCCCAUGUCUGACAGGAACGUCCAGAAGAUCCUUCGGGAUGAAAUCGUGACCCCCCUCCGACGGAGCGGUUUUGUUACUGCUCAGAGCGUGAUGCGCCUGAGGCAGCAGCUUACGGAAAAGGGCCAGUGUUCAAGCUUUACCACUUCUGAGAAAGACCCCGAGGAGUUCCUUAAUCUCAUUAUGCAUCACGUCCUGGGGAUAGAGCCUCUUUUGAGACUGCAGUCCAGAGGCCGGAAAGAGCAGGAUUGUUACUGUUACCAGAUAUUCAUGGACAAGCAGGAGGACUUGGUGGUACCCAACGUGCAGCAGUUAGUGGAGCGUUCCUUCCUGUCUUCUGAUCUGAAGCUAGUGGAGAUCCCAUCCUGUUUCAUUAUCCAAAUGCCCCGUUUUGGGAAGGAAUAUAAAAUGUUCAGCAAAAUCAUUCCCUCCUUAGAGCUGGACAUCACUGACCUGCUGCUUGACAGUCCCCGGGAAUGCUCCGUGUGUGGUGACGUUGCCACCCAGGAGUGCUCAGAAUGCUUUAAAGACCGGACGUUUGCCAUGACGGGGCUGAAGCAGUAUUGUAACUCCUGCUGCAGACAGGUUCACUCUCACUACCAGCGCAAAGCACACCGGCCCACAAAGCUGCAUGUCCCUGACGAGUUUCCCGGCACGAGCCAGCUGGGCAGCCAGCGGGUCCCACGGGAGAAAAUGGAGCUCUUUGCAGUGCUCUGUAUAGAGACCAGUCACUACGUCUCCUUUGUGAAAUAUGGACCGGAGAAGGAGAAUUGGAUGUUCUUUGACAGCAUGGCCGACAGGCACGGUGCUGAGACGGGCUACAACAUCCCCACAGUGACUCUGUGCCCAGAAGUUGCCAAGUACCUGGAAUUGCCGGUGGCCGUGCUGGCCAUGGAGCAGCCCCGGGACAUGGAAGGAGUGGCCAAACGCCUCUUCUGUGACGCCUACAUGUACAUGUACCAGAGCAAGAAAAUGGCACUUUAUAAAUGAUGCCAGCUUGGCGGGGCAGACGGGGACGUGGGUGCCACUCCAGCACAGAACAACGGGGCGUUGGGAAGGAGAGGCUCAGCUCUCACCAGACAGCCUCUGCUUUUGCAGCUGCUUAUCGGGAAACUCAGAGUCCGAGUCAAAUGACCUUUCAGCUUUGCAUUUGCUGACGUCUUCCAACAGCUGGGAUCGAGCUAUGCACAAGAGCAAGGUUCAGUGUUGAAAAUCCUGCAGGCGGCCUUAGCCAAGCAAUAGAUUGGACUUCCUGCAGAUCUGAGCGGUUUAGAGAUUUUUAAUUAGGACGUUAUUUUGUGAGAGAGCUUCACCCCAUUCCUCUGCCUCCUCCUCCUGCUCUUUCCCUCUCCAGACUCUCUGCAACUCUAGCAUCCUUCCAACCCUCCCUUCUCCCUGAUAGCUCUUCCCUCUAAGACUCAGGAAUAAGAGCCACAGGCCAAGAUGGGAGGGGGGGACUGUUGUUCUCAAGUUGGCAAAAACGAAACUGGAUCUCUGUGCAAUGUAUCUCAUCACAUGGGCAAAUGAAUGUGAUGUCCUUCUACACGGUUAGGAGUCGGAUGUCUCGGGAAGGGAUUUCUAGACCGGCGAUACUCUCUAGAAUGUGAACUCCGGUCCAGACAGCUCCGUGGCAGGGGCCGUUGUGAACAAAAACCAGCCCUAGAUUAUUUAUAACUCUAGUGUUUCAUUACUUCUGCUCCCCAUCCCCCACCACCCAGUCUUCCCUUGGCCGUCUUCCCUUUUUUUAAACAUGAAACUUGGCUUGAGACUAGUUUAGUGUUGAUUUGAGCCAGGAACGCACGUUGCACAAAUGUAUUUUUUUAGAACAAUAUCAAGGAAGACAAUGCACUUUUUCCUUCUUCAAAGUAUAUGUGGUUGAUUGGAGGGUAGGGAUGUCUUGCCGAUUCAAAAUUCAUUCCCCUUUUUCUUAAUGUUCCCAAGGUACAUGUGAAAGAGCGCUAACCAAAGAAAAAUCCCUAGAGUUUUCUUUUAUUUAAAUGAACGCAUUACGGUUUUAUGCUCGUACCAGGAAUCAGAGUGGGUGUCGGUCCAGGAUGCGGUGGUGUGUGUUUGGUGUUUAAGAAAUGCUCUGUUAUGGAGAUCGGCACAUUUGCCCCUCUGGUCCACAAUAAAGACGUGGGUCUCACGGUGCGGGUAGGAAGCCACCGAGAGUGGCUAUUCUUAACCAGCCAAACACUAAGCCUAGUUUCUAGCUGGUAGUAAUACUAUACCUCUAAUGGAGCUCUUCAGUGACCUUCUCAAUUAAUAUACCCAUUUUGAAAGGUAUUAUCCUAUUUCCCUAGCAAGUAUUAGGGGCGCUUUCAAGUUUCAGGGGAAGACGAGUAGCAUAAUCAUGAACUUGAACUUGCCAAAAAGCCCUGACAACGAGGGUGAAUACGGUUCUCAGAGCUGACUUUCCAAGCCUACGCAGAGAAAGUUAAGCUGGGAUCACGCUGGGAAAUGUGGAGCGAGUUUUGAAAUUUCUGUCCUUUAUUGUCUGCUCCUGAUUGGUACUGAGCAUUGCAGUUCCCACUGCUAUGGGACUCGCGGGUGCUUUGCCCACUUCCGAAUUGCACUUGUGUCCUAAAUUUAACUCUGUGCUGAAUCCUCUGUUUGCAUCAUCCCCAGGAAUGAGGUUUUGGGGUUUCGUAGUGCUGUCUGGGAGGUGACGUGCGGGAGGCAGUGUAAUAAGAUCAAGCCGUGGACACCAAUUCUGAAGCUUUGAUGCCCAUCGAUUUGAGGGAGAAGAGGCGAGCAGUCAGCUGCCAGUGGUUGGUGAAGUGACGGUUGUCUUCCAUCCUCCGCAUGCAAGUGUCCCGAGGCGGAGGUGGAGAUUCCUCUAGAAAGCGUGCUUGGAGGCUCCGGGCUGCAGUCGCUUUACAACCUCCCCUGGUCCCAGCUGAGAACACGGUCCGUUUCUGCUGCUGUCUGCUCCAGGUGCUUGCUUCUGCGUCCAUGUCCGAGCUCCCCUCUUCACGGUCUGCUCUGCAGCCACAAGGGUCAAGCUUCUGUCUCAGAAAAGCAGGAGACUGACCAGUGGUAGCGUUUGCUUGCAAAUGAACGGGGGGAUCCCUUUGAACCAGAUCUCUUCCCAGCUUUUUUUUCCCCUUCUCCAUGGGAUUUAGACCCCCUGGAAGGUUGUUCAUGCUUCAGGUCUUGCUGUCUGCUCUAAGCUGACCUGUUGGUCUCGCCCUGCGAUCCGCAGAGCGCUAGAAACGUCUUCUCUCUUGGUCCCGAUGAUCUGUCUUGGCUCUUUAUCCCCAUCUUGUUCAUCUGAAAUUGCCUUUCCUCUGAGCACGUUCUCUUCCUGGUCAGUCCCAAGUGACCUGUUUCUGCAGCUUCUCCUAAGGACUCAGGACGUUUUUCUCCAGGGUCUCACGGAGUCAAAAUCCUGUCCUCUGACUACGUAGCACGUCUGGGAUUUCCCAGCCUAAAUGUUUAAUAGCAAACCGCUCUUUUUACCUGUGUUUUCUCUCCCUCGUGCUAAGUGCAUGACACUUCUUCUAGCAAACCAAAGUGCCUUAUGCAUAACGUGGUCAAGCAGGCAAUGCCGUCCUACACUGAUUUUAUUUAAAGGGAGCCAGAGGCCUCGGCAUUGUGUUCCCUUGACUCUGCAGAGCUGAUCUCGAUUUCCCCUGUGCUUCCCUCCCCUUCCCUCUCCACACUCGCUGCAGAAAUAACAGUGCAGUUUUCAAUAGUUUUGUAACUGGAUUUCUCUUGUCGCAACAACGCUCACGUGCAUCCAGCCGUACUCCCUUUCCUUGAGUUCGGGUCAGGAGUAGCUGCGGCGACUUCGUAUUUCGAGACCGCUGGUGCCAGAACGAACGCACGGGUUUGGGUCUGUGAGUGAGGAACGAUUUGUGACUUUGUAAGUUAGCACCGACAACCCAAGCUCCUGUCAUCAGCAUUCGCUGCUGGGUUAUUCCAAGUAAGUGCACAUCAAUUGCUGCUGCAACGAUGACAGAUAACUCGGACCCGGAAGGCUUUUGUGUUUAACCUCGCUGCCUGUGCCCUCAGUGGCUUGUGGCUCAUUUGAGGGUUUCUGUACUGUUUAACCCCCCUGUAUGUUGUGCAGAUCGCUUCUAAUAUGAGGCUUAAUGCCUUUUUUUUUUUUCCAGCUGGCUUCUGUCGUUUUGCCUUAAAGUAUUAGUUUGUGGAAGGCGGGUUCUGGGAAUACCUUUUGCACUGACUUUUUUCCAUGGAUUGUAAUGGGUGAUACCAGUUUAAUGUACAAAUGUCUUUUAAAUAGAGUCUUUCAUGCA